GUCCCCGUUCAGCACGCGUGCGGGAUCCGAACCAGCUCCAGAAACACACCGACUCCUUGAACCUGCUGCAGCCGCGAGGAGCUGCUGCUGUCCGGCCUGAGUGAGCAGAGAGCCCCGGAGAGCCGCCGCCAUGGGUCCGCCGCGAUCGAAGAAGCGGCGCCCGACGUUUCGCCGUCUGCUGAAGACGAGCGGCGUGAAGCUGGAGAACAAGCUGAAGAACCGCCAGCUGAAGCAGAACGUCUCGGCCAAGAAGCAGCGCAAAGAGCAGAAGAGGCUGCGGCAGGCCGUCAAGGGCGCCGUCGCCGCCUUGCCUCCACGCCCGCUGGAGACAUACUGCCCCCGGCCCGACGAGGAGGAGGAAGAGGAUUUCUUGGAGUCGUUGCCCACGGACAUGUUGGAGGACGACGACCUGCAGCUGAUGAGCUCCAUGGCUCAACGAGCCUCCUUCAUCACCAGAGACCUGUCGUCAUGUGCGCCGGUCCACAGCGGAAAGAAGCGCGGGUCGGAGGUGACAAAGGACUACGAGAAGCUUCCCCGGAAGAUGGCGAGGAUCGAGCAGAAGGAGGUGAUUCACCUGCUGCCCAUCAAAGACAAGACGGGGCUGAUCCCUCAGAGCAUCCAGAAGCCUGUGUCACAGAAAGAGGAGGAGGAGGAAGAGGAGGAGGACGACGAAGAUGCUGCAGAGCAGGAGGACCAGCUGGAAAACGAGGGGGCAGCAGAGAGCAUGGAGGGGCUGACAGCAGAGGAGAGGGAGCAGCGCAGGGCUCAGAAGAUCCAGGAGAAGAAGCUGCGCAUCGCUGCUCUGGGAUCAGCCGUCAUCUCCGACCCCAUCAGUAACGUGAAGCGGGUGAAGGAGCUGCGCGGGAUGCUGAUGGAGGCCGACCCCAGCGUGGCGGUGACCGUCCGCAAGCUGGUGAUGGUCUCUCUGAUGGAGAUCUUCAAAGACGUGGCGCCGACCUACAGGAUCCGCCCGCUGACGGAGGACGAGAAGACCACCAAGGUGAAAAAGGAAACUCAGCAGCUCAGAGAGUUCGAGGAAAUUUUAGUGAGUCAGUACAAGUUUUACCUGGAAGACCUCGAACAGAUCAUCAAAGACUGGAAGCAGCAGAAGAAGAAGCGGCGUCAGGCGGUCAACCUGCAGUCGUACGGCGGUCUGGCGGCGGUCGCCGUGCGCUGCCUCACCGAGCUGCUGCUGGCGCUGCCGCACUUCAACUUCCACAACAACAUCAUCGUGCUGCUCGUGCCCCUCAUGAACGACGCCGACAGGCAGGUGUCCGACAUGUGUUGUGACGCCUUCAGGAAACUCUUCGUGCAGGACAAGCUGGGCGCCGCCUCCCUGGCCACCGUCCGGGUGAUCUCCGGCCUCGUCAAGAGCCUCAGCUACAGCGUCCGGCCCGAGGUGCUGCAGACGCUGCUCAGUCUGAGGAUCAGAGAAGUGAAGAAAGACAUCGAAGCUACAAAACCAACGAAGAAGUUCAUGAACUAUCAGGAGAAGAAGAAGAACCUGUCGAGGAUGCAGAGAAAGUGGAAGAAGGCUGAGGAGAAGUUGGACAAAGAGUUGUUGGAAGCUGAAGCCUCAGAGAACAAAGAGCACAAACUCAAACUGCACACAGAGACGCUCAACAUGGUCUUCCUGGUGUACUUCCGCAUCUUGAAGAAGGCUCACAGAUCAGCUCUACUUCCUGCAGUUCUGGAGGGGCUGGCCAAUUUUGCUCACCUCAUCAACCUGGAGUUCUUCGAUGAUCUGCUCAAUGUGCUUCAAAACCUCAUCCAGUCAGGAGAUCUGAGCAAUCAGGAGAGUCUGCACUGCAUCCAGACGGUGUUCACCAUCCUGUCGGGACAAGGCGACGUCCUGAACAUCGACCCUCUGACCUUCUACCAGCACCUCUACAGGAUGUUGCCUCGCCUCCACGCAGGGGCCUCCAAUGAUGACGUCAUCAUCGUGCUGCGGUGCCUGGACACCAUGCUGACCCGCCGCAAGAAGCAGGUGACCCUGCAGAGGGCGAUGGCGUUCGUCAAACGACUCAGCACGCUCAGCCUGCACCUGCUGCCCGACGCCAGCGUGGGAAUCCUGGCUGCCACGCGGGCCGCCCUGCAUUCCUUCCCAAAGUGUGACUUCCUGUUGGACAAUGAGAUUCAGGGCAGCGGCUUCUACCUGCCAGAGCUGGACGACCCUGAACACUGCAACGCUCAGAACACGGCUCUGUGGGAACUACACACACUGCAGAGACAUUACCACCCAGUGGUGCGUCUGUUUGCGGCUCACCUGAGUCGUGGAGCUCCCAGCGAAGGGUCAGCCGCGCUGAAUGUGGAGCUGAGCCGCAGGGCCCCUGUGGAGCUGUUUCGAGACUACAGUUUGAAAGACAUGACCUUCAACCCACCAGUGGAUAAACCGCCCACCAAGAAGAAGGAUCACUUUGUGGUCGGAGAUUCGCUGCUGGACGCCGAGCUGCAGAAACACAUUGACAGAGUCCUCCACACACAUACACAAACACAGCUCUGACACACACACUGUUCAUAUUGUGAUAUAUUUGAAAUAAAAUCUAAGGUGGCUUUUUGUUAUUUCUGUGUGUGUAUGUGUGUGAAUUCCAGUGUAAAGAAGACGAAGAUGCAUUCAAGUGAAAAGCUGAAACGAAAAUAUUAAAUGUUGCACAUAAUCUAUUCU